AUGGUGCUACACGGCAAGGAUAAAGCUCUUGAACAUAUUCCAAAAUCUUCAAUUGCAUUUAUUAGUAAAAUUACACAUGUCCAACGUGGAAUUUCAUCUGUAACCAUGCCACCGCGAGAUCAUUAUAUAAUCCAAUUCGAUCAUAACGAUAUGAAAACUCUACGCGGUCGAGUGUACGAGACGAUGAUUGAUUUUGACUAUUCUCAAUUGGGAGAAGGAAUUGUUCCAGCGACGAAUGAUAUCCAUCGGGGAAUUCGUAGAGUACAAAUUCCAAUUCCAACGGUUGAUCAUUUGUAUGCUGCGUGUUUAAAUGAGAAUACUAAAGAGAUCAAUCAUUUAAUUGAACUUAAUCGUUUCGAAGCUGAUGAUAUUCUUCAACGUUUAAGUCUUCUUUCAAAUGGGAAUACAAAGCAAUAA